CCUUUGGGCUUUCCCUUUCACAUUUCUCUUUUGUGUAUUUCCUUCUUUUACCGCCAAUUUCUUCGAUCCUCGUUCCCCGCCCUUCCUCUACAUAGAAAUGGCGGUCGCAAUACUUUCUCUCUCAGAUAUCAACUCAUCUCUCUCAGUCAGUCCAUUUGAAGACUUCUCCAGUCUUAUUUUCUAGGGUUUCCCCCCUCAAACUUCAAUAUGAAGCGCAACUUCCUCGAAAUCUCCGACGACGAGUGGGAAAAUCACACUUUCAAGCCGUCUCGGGUAUUGGGUACAUCUAAUCCCCCGCCUCCAAUUGAAAACUUUGCCUAUACUUCAGCUAAAACGUCCAAUUCGAAUCAGAGCAGUGGCGAUUCGGUGGAGAUUACGGGGAGUUAUCAGGUGAAUCGAGAGGAAAACUUGGAGGAUGACGAUUUCGAUGAAGGCGUAAGAAAUGUUAGUAAGCAAGCAAGUCGAGGUCGGAGGUUUAUCGUGGAUGAUGACGACAGUGACGAUGAUUUUGUGGCAGAGGGUGGUAAUGGAUUGGCGGAUGUGGUUCAAGUGAAUUCAUCCGAGGAAGGAUAUGACGAAGAUAAAGACUCGAUUUUUGACGAGGAUGAAGUGGAAGAAGAUGAUGUUAUCGGAAAGGCUUUGCAAAAGUGUGCUAAGAUAUCGGCUGAGCUGCGCAAAGAGUUGUAUGGGUCGUCAGUGACGACAUGCGAUCGUUAUGCUGAAGUUGAUGCUUCUUCAGUGAGGAUUGUCAAUCAGGACGAUGUAUUAGCGGCAUGUGGUGAAGAGGAUUCAGAUUUCCAGCCACUUCUCAAACCCUACCAGCUUGUUGGUGUCAAUUUUCUGCUUCUUCAUUACAGAAAGAAAAUUGGUGGAGCAAUAUUGGCAGAUGAGAUGGGUCUUGGUAAAACAAUUCAGGCUAUUACAUACUUGACAUUAUUAAAUCACUUGGAAGAUGAUCCUGGUCCACAUUUGGUAGUAUGCCCGGCUUCUCUUUUGGAGAACUGGGAGAGGGAGUUCAAGAAGUGGUGUCCUUCUUUCAGCGUGCUCCAGUACCAUGGAACUGCAAGAUUAACAUAUUCAAAAGAAUUGUCCUCGUUGGCCAAGUCUGGACUUCCGUCUCCAUUUAAUGUCAUCCUUGUGUGCUAUUCACUCUUUGAAAGGCACAGUGUGCAGCAGAAAGAUGAUAGGAAGAUUCUGAAACGUUGGAAGUGGAGUUGUGUGUUGAUGGAUGAGGCCCAUGCAUUAAAAGAUAAGAACAGUUAUAGAUGGAAAAACCUAAUGUCUGUAGCCCGAAAUGCCAAGCAGCGUCUGAUGCUUACUGGGACACCUCUACAAAAUGAUUUACAUGAAUUAUGGUCAUUGCUGGAGUUCAUGAUGCCUGAUAUAUUUGAAACUGGGGAUGUAGACCUGAAAAAGCUCUUGACUUCUGAGGAUAGGGAUUUGAUUUCACGCAUGAAGUCCAUUCUUGGACCAUUUAUUUUGAGACGUUUAAAAUCUGAUGUCAUGGGUCAGUUAUCCCCAAAGACACAACAGGUGGAGUAUGUGGAAAUGACUAAACAACAGCAAGAUGCUUAUAAUGAAGCUAUUGAGGAGUACCGGACAGCGUCACAAGCUCGAUUGAAGUUAUCGGGUGAUAAAAGCGCCUUGGGAAUUCUCCCUAAGCGUCAGAUUUCAAAUUAUUUUCUUCAGUUCCGUAAAAUUGCAAAUCAUCCUUUGCUGGUGAGACGUAUUUAUACUGAUGCAGAUGUUAUUCGAAUUGCCAAAAGAUUGCAUUCAAGAGGGGUUUUUGGAUUUGAAUGUACUUCGGAUAGAGUAGUAGAAGAACUCAAGGGUUAUAAUGAUUUCGCAAUUCAUCGGCUUUUACUCCAUAAUGGUAUAAGUGAUAUUAAGGGUGUUCUCUCAGAUGAACAUGUGUUGACUUCUGCAAAAUGCGAGACACUAGCAAAGCUUCUACCACAGCUGCAUAAAAAGGGACAUCGGGUUCUUAUUUUCAGCCAAUGGACAUCUAUGCUUGACAUCCUGGAAUGGGCGUUGGAUGUCAUUGGAUUCAAUUACAGGCGCCUUGAUGGAAGUACCCAGGUGACAGAAAGACAGAAUAUCGUAGAUACAUUCAACAAAAAUACCUCAAUAUUCGCAUGCUUGCUAUCAACAAGAGCGGGUGGGCAGGGCUUGAACUUAGUAGGAGCCGAUACAGUUAUCAUUCAUGACAUGGAUUUUAAUCCCCAGAUUGACAGACAAGCAGAAGAUAGGUGUCAUCGUAUCGGUCAAACAAAACCAGUAACCAUAUACAGGCUAGUGACUAAGGAAAGCGUGGAUGAGAAUAUAUACGAGAUUGCAAAGAGAAAGUUAGUUCUGGAUGCAGCAGUUCUAGAGACGGGUAUUGAAGUUGAAAAUGAAGGCGAACCAGCUGAUAAAACUAUGGGAGAGAUAUUAUCAUCACUUUUAUUAGGAUGAUUAUAUUAUUUUUGUGGCACUUAUAACACUAAUAACUAGUUUGGGAUGCAGGCUAGGGUUAGGGAAAAGCUAAACCUAGCCACAAAGUGGAUUAAGAAAUGGAGGAUGGGAUUAGUUUCUUGGAUGCUCCAUUUCUUAUGUAUCAUUGAUGUUGCUUUGGCUGUUUUAUUUCUUUUUGUAUUCCUUUUGCCACACUUUAAAAAGGUUUAUUUUUUUAACAUUAGGCUCAUCCUGUCAAUUUGUAAACCAUAUAGUUUCAUAACAAAACAUUUUAAGUAGAUUUUAUCUUAAUGCCCCGUUUGAAACAACAUUGCCGUUCUAGAACCAUAUAUUGAUUUUUUAUUUAUUUAUUAUUUUAUCUCCA